AUGUGGAGUGGAUACUGUGCCUUUCACGCUGGUGAUUACCAUAAAGCAAUCGAGGUAUAUGAAAGUAUGUUGACUGAAAAAGAUUAUCCUGAAGAGGUCAAUGUUUACAUUGCUUGUUGCUUAUUUUAUUUUGGCAUGUUUACAGAAGCUAAAGAAUAUGCUGAGAAAGGUCCGAAGAGUUCACUUCAGAACCGUUUAUUAUUUCAUACUGAAUAUCGACUUCAAAAUGAAAAACAAGUGAUAGUUUAUGAAAGUCACCUGUGUGAUGUGACUGAGGAUCAGUUAUCUCUAGCUGCGAUGCAUUAUAUGCGCUCUCAUUAUCAGCAGGCGAUUGAUAUUUAUAAAAAAAUUUUGACAACUAACAAAAAUUUCAUUGCAAUCAAUGUUUAUCUUGCAUUAUGCUACUAUAAGCUUGAUUAUUACGAUAUUUCACUUGAGGUUUUGCAGUUAUACUUACAUGAAAAUCCAGACAGUCUAUCUGCAAUUAAUUUAAAGGCUUGUAAUCUCUCCAAAUUGUACAAUGGUAAAGCUGCCGAGAAUGAACUUCGAAAGUUACAAAAUUUUACAAAUUCAUGCACUUUGAUCAAAGACAUCAUUUCUCAUAAUACAGUUGUGUUUCGUGAAGGCGAUGCAGCGCUUCAAGUUCUCCCGUUAUUAACAAAUACUUUGCCUGAAGCAAAACUCAAUUUAAUAAUUUUUUAUUUGAAAAAGGAUGAUACGUUUGCAGCGUUUAACCUAAUCAAGGAUGUGGACCCGAAGGAACCAAUAGAAUCUCUUUUGAAAGCGAUUACCCACUGUAUUAUUGGAUAUCAAAAAAAAUCAAAGGAACACCUGAAACUCGCUGAAAAAUAUUUUCGAGAGGUCGGCGACUCACCAGCAGAACGAGAUACAAUUGUGGGUCGGCAGGCUAUGGCAUCUUCUUAUUUCUUGACAAACCAAUUUGAUGAAGUGCUAGUUUAUCUGAAUUCGAUUAAAACCUACUUGUGCAGUGACGAUAUAUUCAAUUUCAACAGUGGCCAGGCUUUGCUAGCCGUCGGUGAUAGCUCAGAAGCUGAAGCUAGCCUAUUACUAGUUGCUAAUGAACAACUAAAGAAAAUACCCACAUAUUUCUUGAGCCUAGCCCGAGCCUAUAUUCGAAAUGGUAAAAGUAAUAUGGCUUGGGAAAUAUAUACUAAACUAAUUAAGUCCGAUGAUGCAGUAAAAUUACUACGAAUCAUUGCGAACGACUGUUAUAAAAUUGGUGAUUAUUACUACUCAGCUAAAUCUUUUGAUGCAUUGGAACGAGCUGAGCCGAAUCCACAUUAUUGGGAAGGUAAACGGGGAGCAGUUGUUGGUGUUUUCAAAAAAGUCAUUGAACAGAAAACAUCGGUGAGUCAUCUUCAUGAAGCGGUAAUUUUAUUAGAAAAAAGUAGACAUCCGCAAGUUGAACAUAUCACUUCUAAUUUUAUCAGAUUAAAAAUGAGCUCACUGCUUAGUGCAAAAGGAACAAGUACUAAGAGUUCUGUGCAAUCUGAUAAGAGUUCUUCUUCAACACAUUCAAAAUCAAGAAAGCAUUGGGCAUUGUCCGGAACUGAUCCAAGCAAACAAGUUUUUGCUAAUCGAUCAGUGUAUUUGAAAAAAAUUCGAUACUAUGGAUUUGAUAUGGAUUUCACGUUAGCGAUUUACAAGUCACCUGACUAUGAUAUUCUGCUAUACAAUAACAUUAUUAACCGAUUAGUACUACUUGGUUAUCCCGAGGAAAUUCGAAAUUUCCCCUAUGAACACGAUUUUGCCAUUCGUGGUCUAUGGUUUGAUCGAACUUAUGGCAAUUUACUAAAAGUUGAUGGAUUUGGAAACAUUCUUGUUGGUGUACAUGGCCAUAAUUAUCUUCAACGAUCAGACAUUAAAAAACAUUAUCCAAGUAAAUUUAUAUCACUGCGUCAUUUGGAAAAAGUUGUUGUAAUGAAUUCACUGUUUGACAUUGCACACACUUUUGUGCUUAUUACACUUAUCCAUUACUUUGAUAAUCAUAAAAAUUAUACCAGAACAAAUGAUGGGACUGGUGUUCGAAGUGGCGAUACCAUCAUAUCCUAUAAAUCUAUUGCAGAAGACGUCUUGAGUGCCGUGAAUUACGUUCAUAAUGAUAGUUCACUGAAGACAGAUGUCUUACAAAACUUGGAGAAAUAUAUAAUUAAAGAUGAUCGGAUCAAACCACUUCUACGAGAAAUUAACGCUCAUGGUGGACGAACAUUUCUUUUAACUAACAGCGAUUAUCACUACACUAAUGGAAUUCUGAGUUAUUUGAUUGGAUCAGAUUGGAAAACAUACUUCGAUGUUUCUAUUGUUGAUGCAAAAAAACCAUUAUGGUUUGCAAAAGGUACCGUUUUUCGACAGAUUGAUACUGCAACAGGAACACCUAAAAUUGGAAUUCAUCAAGGUUUACUUAAAAAAGGAGAUGUUUAUGCGGGAGGUAAUUCUGAUGAUUUCCGUCGGCUUUUCAAUGCUCGUGACAAAGAAGUACUGUACAUUGGUGAUCAUAUUUUUGGUGAUGUCCUUAAAUCCAAAAAAACCAAAGGAUGGCGAACGUUUCUUGUUGUGCCCGAGUUAGAAAAAGAAAUAUCCAUUUGGUCGCAAGAGCAUGAAUUGUUUAUAAACAUGAUGGAAUUGACUAAAAAAGUUGAAGAAAUGUAUAAUGAAAUAGAAAUUAUGUCUGUUGAAUCCGGCAUUCAAGAAGGAAACAAUCAAAUUCGGGAAAAAACUCAAGAAAUGGAUAACUGCUACAGCAAAAUGGGUUCAUUAUUUAGAAGUGGACCACGUACCACAUUUUUUGCAUCUCAGGUAGGAAGAUUCGCCGAUCUCUACUCUUCUAGUUGUUAUAAUUUGCUUCAUUAUCCACUUUUUUAUUUCUUCCGAGCGCAGAUGACUCUUAUGCCACAUGAAAUUAACAUAGGCAAAUGUAUUCGCAAGAAAUCUGUGUCACCACCAAUAUGCACAACUAGUACUAAUUAA